UCCCUAGCAAGUGCAGAGGACUACUUGCCAUACAAGCAGAGCCGUGCAGCCGUCUCAUGCGAAUUCAGUUGAGCACAUAACUGUGGGUAACGUUUCUCGCAGAAGGUUUUAAUUUGCAGCUUUUGUUUUCUCUGUCAAGAUGCAUUUUACGCAUUCCAUGUUAGUACACUCUGUUCCACAGUAAUGUGGGUGAUGAAAUGCUUACUGAAGUCACAGAGUGUUAUGGACAGCAGAGAGAAAACGAGUUAAAUCAUGAAACAUCUGAUCCUAACGUCGUUUUUAGCAGUUGCCUUGUGUGGUUCACACCAUGUUGCGUGUUUGGAGUCUAGUCAGUGGGGAGGGACAUCUCAGCAUUUAUGGAACAACGUGAGUGUCAUUGGAACGCAACCCUUAUUGGGAAUUGUGAAGGGGACCGCCGACGAAUGCGAUGUUGUUAUGAACUUGAGUGCCAACCAGCGCUGCGAGUUUGUCAAAAGCACCCCUGACUGUAGCCAAGAGGAUGGCUUCAUCAACUACCCUCGCUUCACCUUUUGCCAGUUUUCUCCCAGACUCCUGCCCCUGGCCAUCACCAUCUAUGCUGUAUGGCUGCUGUUCUUGUUCCUGGCGCUCGGACUUGCUGCCUCAAAAUUCUUCUGCCCAAAUCUGUCUGCUAUUUCCUCCACACUAAGGCUGACGCACAACGUUGCUGGAGUGACCUUUCUGGCGCUGGGGAACGGCGCCCCUGAUGUCUUCAGCGCCAUGGCUGCCUUCUCGCGACCCCAGACCGCUGGACUGGCCAUUGGGGCGCUUUUUGGCGCUGGGAUAUUUGUGACCACCGUAGUGGCCGGCUGCGUGGCUCUGGUGAAGCCCUUCACGGUGGCCUCCAGGCCCUUUCUACGGGACAUGAUCUUCUACAUGGCAGCGGUCUUCUGGACCUUCACCAUCCUCUUCAAAGGUCACAUAUACCUGGCAGAGGCACUGGGGUACAUUUGCCUGUAUAUGGUGUACGUUGCCACUGUCCUGAUAAGUGCCUACAUCUACAACUAUCGGAAGCGCUCCAUCAAUGGGCCGACUCCGUCACACACACCAGAUUUGCUGACUGGUGACGAUGACUACGCUGAGAGUCUCAACAAGAGCAUACAAACGUAUGGUGAUGAUGAGGAGUAUCAGCCUAUGCUUCCGCACACGCUCUCCACCAGUCAGAUCUUCCUGGGCUCCCUGAAGCCCGUGGACAGCAGGAAGUGGAGGAGGAAGUCCUGGGCCUGGAGGCUCCUGAAGGUGGUGAAGAUUCCCCUGGAAGUGUUGCUGCUCCUAACCGUGCCUGUAGUGGACCCAGAUAAAGAGGACCACAACUGGAACAGACCCCUCAACUCCCUCCACCUCAUCACUGGGCCUCUAGUGUGCAUCCUUACCUUUAAUUCAGGAAAGUAUGGCAUGUACCAUAUACAGGGCGAGUUCCCUGUCUGGGCCCUGGUGGUGUUGUUAGGCGUUUUCUUGGCUGCUAUAGUCUUCUGCUCCACCACCAACGAGCAGCCGCCACCAUACCACUUUCUGUUCUCUCUGCUGGGCUUCGUGGUGAGUGCCCUGUGGAUCAACACGGCCGCCUCCGAGGUGGUCAGUGUGCUGCACAUGUUGGGCAUCGUCUUCAGCCUCAGCAACACCGUGCUGGGCCUCACACUACUGGCCUGGGGCAACAGCAUCGGAGACUUGUUCUCCGACACCCUGAUCGCUCGCCAGGGUUAUCCUCGCAUGGCCAUAUCGGCCUGUUUCGGAGGAAUCAUCUUCAACAUGCUGUUUGGCGUAGGUUUGGGCUGCUUACUGCAGAUGUUUGGUGGCCAUCACGAAGUAAAGUUUGAGCCGGAGGGCCUCCUGUGUUGGAUCCUGUCGGGAGCGCUGGGCCUGAGUCUGGUGUUGUCCUUCGUGCUGGUGCCGCUGCAGUGCUUCCACCUGAGCCGCGCCUACGCCGUCUUCCUCAUCGUCUUCUACUGCGUCUUCCUGCUGGUGGCGCUGCUCACCGAGUUCGGGAAGAUCCACUUCGGCGGCCUGUGAUGGGACGUCCACCGCGGAGGACGCGCCAGGACACACUGGCGGACCCUUUUCGUCCCGUUGGGAUGAUCCCAGAGCUGAAGGCAAUGCAAUGGACAAUCGGCCGGUUGCUAACUGCGCUGCCUCAGAGUAGCACUGUCCACCGUUACAAUGCUAUGGACAAAUCCACAAAAAAGGUGAAUGUGUCACUGUUCCGUUGCAUAAACACGUUUUUAUACUUAUGAUAUUGCGAAUUUACAGUCCAUGGAAGACAGAAAUUGGUCUUAUUUAAGGACUUAUAUCGCGAAUAUACAGUCCAUUGAAAGACAGAAAUCUGUCUUAUUUAAGGAUUGCACAUGAAUGUGUGGUGGUGGUGUGAACAGAAUGCUCUUGGCUGUCCAUGGCUAGCCCAUGUUUAACGCCAGCAAUGCACCUGAAAUGAUGUAUGGCCUUUGGACAAGAAAAGAGUCCUGGGCCAUGUCUACUACACGUCCCUUUAUCUUUAUGUGGCAGCCUGGAAUGACUGCUGUACAUGUGCAGUCUUUGGCUGGGUGUACAUAUGAAUCAUGCACUAGCUUUUGUAGUGGGGGGAAAUUCAUGUCAUGUUUUCAUCAUCUGUGCCAUUUCAUGUGUUUUUCCAUCUUAAAAAGGUGAGUAGGUUACAACACCAUGAAGAACACAUUGCACUAUUAAACUGGUUGUGAUACUGUCCACAAUCACUUUACAAUGCCGACAAACCACGCUUACCGUAAGAACUUGAGCCACGUGUGUGCCCUUUUAACAAGCAGUGGUCUGGGCAAAUGUGUGGCUUGUGGACACUGUUUUCAGUGCUGCUUGAGCAAUGGAUACCUCGGCAGUCUUCUACUCUGUAAAUCUGACCUGCUGCUGGACAAAAAUAUUCAGAUGAUGAUUUGUGUGCAACACAGACAAGGGAGGUCCUCUGACAGUACUGUACUCUCUUUGAGGAGUCACUGAUAUUCAACACUGAAAUGUAUCAUGGUCUUCAAAGGGCGGGAAGAAUGAGCUGUAUACUGUAUAUCCAAUGUAGUGAAACACAAGGGAUAUGACAUCGGAAUUCAACAUUUUAUCAAAACAGUUGAACACUUAACUUUGUCAUUAAAGUAAUUUCUACCCUCUCAGGGUUUCCCCCAGUCUUUUUUUCCAGACGUUGUAAUUGAUGAAAAAAAGUACAUUGUGAUAGGAACUUUAUCAUCUGUUCUCCUUUUUGCAAAAAGUGUUCUGAUGAAUACCAUGGUUAUUUUGUUAUUCCAUGUAUUAAAGAAGUACCAGUU